AUGGCCACUUCCUUUGGAACUCUCGUUCAAGACUAUGUCAAUACCGUUACUUCUCGACAGUCAAAUAAUGAACCGCAAGUCUCUGCCUCUCGGUUAGAACCUUCGUCAUCGUCGUCCGUUAAUAAUGACCUUAAUUCACUACGACCUGCGCUGGUUCAAUCAUAUUCGAACCGAAGCUUUUUCCGAAGAGCCUGGGAUACGGUUGAAAGCAUUUUCAUUCAAAAGAAUGAUGUGAAUUUACCCGUAUAUUACAACAAUUACGAAAGAGAAGAGAAUGAAGAUGACGAUACAGCAAAUGAAUUCAUUCAUCCAAAUCCAUAUCAUCAGCCACUUGCUCGUGCGGACGCGUUUAGGGCGCCCGUACAUAAACGAAGGUUAUCUGCACACUCGGACGAAUUAAUCUCCGUUAUGCCAGAUUAUAGUUCAAGGUCAUCAUCAUCUGAAUGGCCUGUCCGGCAAACAUAUGAAGAUUGGCAACGUGAUCAAGGUGAGCUUGACAUUGAAGAAGCAAAUAUUAAAGAUUUGAUUUCUGGUUGGGCUAUGGGUGAGGGUCGCCCGUGGUUCGAUUAA